UGAGACGCAAACGAGUUCUGCUUUGUCCUGCCAAGAUGGCUGACGUGCGCGUGAAAAAAACACCCAACAAUUUAUAUGAUUUGUGUUUGACUAGUUUAGUGAACUAUUUGCAAAAAUCAAAGUGCGAGAAAAAUGAUUUGCGAUCGCUGCCAGAUAGCAUCCUCAUGGAUGUGUACUUUAGGAUGCUGGAAGAGAAAAGGCUCUGCAUCUUGGGCGCGGAGCUGUCCGAGCUGGAGAUAUUUGAGAGACUUUUGCGAUUCUCGGGCGCUCAAUUAAGAUUGCUCCAGUGUUUUCAGGCGGUGAUUGAGCAUGGAUCCAAGCUAUCGGCAGAAUUGUCGAGCGCGUACCUAGCGCGUUGUGAACAGAGCUCACGUGCGAGAAAUUCACUCAUACAUUUAGGAUUAAGAUUAGGUGGAUUCCUUAAUGAAGCCGGCUGGUACGCGGACGCGCAACGCGUGUUAGUUCGCUGUAGGGACAUUUGUCUCACCCAACCACAGACCACACAUUAUAAACGACUUACACUCGAGUGUUGCCAUAGGUUAUUAAAUACACAAUCAGUAUACUGCUGUUUCCCGGCUGCGGCCGAGACUUACAAAUUGGCGCUCAAACUCCUCGGUUUGCCGGAAGACACCACAGCACAGCUCCCAGAAGGUCCAAUUGCCAUUUCCGAAACCUGUUGCAAGGCCCUACAGACGGAUGGCGUCGAUAAUGAUAGGCUAGAGUACACCGAUGAAGAAUGUUGUUCGGGCGGUGAACGCGUAUGGGGCAUGUCGGCGUUGCUCGCGCGCCUUUGCAAGGAGAUCAGCGCCCUCUUCUUCGUGCGAUGCGACUACAGUGCCGCAUAUGCGUGGGGCAUGAGGGCAUUGUCGCUUCUCACGCCGGAAACGCCACCCAAGAUAACAAUAGAAGUCCUCCGUGCGUGUGGAACGGCCUGUGUGGUGAAGAGACGGUUCAGCUCAGCCGGUUUGCUCGUGAGACAGGCUGUCGCUCUCGCUAGACUCGUCUUUGGACCACAGCAUCCGAGAUAUGCGGCGGCCUUAUUGGAUUAUGGCUUCUAUCUGCUCAAUAUAGACUCUAUCACUCAUAGUGUGCAGGUUUACGAGGAAGCUCUAUCGACCCUUCGAAGGGUGUUCGGUCGCAGCAGCCUGCACGUAGCCACAGCUCAGGAGGACUUAGCGUACGCGUUGUACGUCCUCGAGUACUCAUCGGGACGGUUUUAUAAGGCACGGGACCACGCCGAAAGGGCCAUUAGAAUUAUUGAGAAUUUAGUACCACCAGACCACUUGUUGUUGGCCUCAGCGAAGCGUGUCAAGGCUCUCAUAUUAGAGGAAAUAGCGUUGGAUACACCAGCAGGGCAGGAUAUGAGAGAACCGAGCCUACUGGAGGAGUCGGAAGCGUUACACAAAGCAGCGUUAGAAUUGUCGAUGAUGGCGUUUGGUGAAAAAAACGUUCAGACAGCCAAACACUAUGGAAACCUCGGACGACUGUAUCAGUCUAUGCUAAAGUUUCAGGAUGCUGAGACGAUGCACCUCAAAGCGAUAGCGAUAAAAGAGGAAUUACUAGGAGCAGAAGAUUACGAAGUGGGAUUGAGUGUAGGACACCUCGCUUCGCUCUACAAUUACCACAUGAACCAACACACGGCCGCUGAGAAAUUGUAUCUGCGCUCGAUUAAUAUUAGCCUGAAGCUUUUCGGCGAGCGCUACUCGGGGCUGGAGUACGACUACCGCGGCCUCGUGCACGUUUUCACGCAGCUGAAGAGGCACGACCGCGCACAUCACUACAACGGGCUACUCCAGCACUGGCACGAUCUCCGUGAACAAUCUAAAGCCGAACAGCAGCCCGCGAUAGGUGACGAGAAAGUGAUUCCUCUCGAAGAGCUGCAAGAGAAGUUCUUCAGCACACGCUGAAUAUCACAAAUGCUAAAAUUUGCACGGCUUUGCUUCCAUCUUGUAACUCAAAGGGUUGUCGUCCACCUUGAGAACUUUUGAAAUUACGAAGCGUCUUAAACGGGUUUGUGUUUAUUCGUGUUUACGAAAACGGAAUUUGUGCGCUAUUUAUGGGCAAUUGUUCUUGUUUUAACUGAACUAUAAAUUAUUAUAAACUAUUUCUGUUUGACCGCGAUAUGUUAAAGCACUCCACAUAUUUGAAUGUAAUUUGCAAGUGUCGCAAAUGCAAAGCUGGAGCAAGUAUAGUUAAUGUGGAACGAGAAAGCGAAUGUAUAUUACAUAUUAACAAUUAAUGCUUGGUAACAAAAUUAGUAGGAUGUAAGUAUUGGUGAUUUUUACUGCCAUUUUCUGAGGCUUCGAGUAGAAGAAACUUCUAGUUUAUUAAUUAAUAAGUUAGUUAAUUUCUUUUAUAGAGAAUAUUUCAUUGAUUUCCCUAUUACUUUUUUAUCUGAGUUUUGCUUUUAUAUUGAUAUUGUGAACCGGUUCUUUGCCCGGGAUUGAACCCGCAGUGUUUGUGUGUUAACGAUUUAACCACAUACUCGUACCAAUGGUGAUACAUCUAACUAUCUCUACUUUUUUUUAUCCUUGGUGCUUAUUUUGUAUCCUCUCACUCUACUGGGUUUGUGACCCAAAAAGUGUCCUGGUUUGGAAACAUCCAGCCCUACCUGCCCUGUACCUAUUGUUAUAAAUUCGACAUUGUUAAAUUCAGUUUUAAACAGUUCUAAUCUUUACAAAGAACAUAUCAUCCAAAUAUUGAGAUCCAUUGUUUUACUUAACCACGAAGUCCUGACUAAGACGAAAAAUGCGUUAAGUCAAAAUGUGAACGAAUCUUCUACGUUUUUGUAUAUAAUUUGUUUGAUUCGAGUUAGUUCCUCUGAGUUUUUGUUUAAAAAAUGUAUAAAUUAGCUGUAAUCGCUUUCUAGCAAUAUGAAUGUGCAAUUAAUGUUAUGAGGCUUUUCUUAAGUACUUAAAGUGCUAUUCAAAAUUGUAUAAAUGCAUAAAAGAUUUAUUUUUGUAUAUGGUAAUUGCAAAUGUAUACUGUCACUGCGAUGUCUUUAUCAGCAUUAUUAUUUGCUAAUUUUCUUCAUUGUUUUUCAAUAUAAUAACUAUUAUCCAGCUCAAAAGAAUGCAUGUUAUAUCUGUGGUAAACUAAUAUCUAUAAUGUGUAAAACUAGAUAUCUUGUGAAGCAGAAACAAACAUUUGAUAGCUUUUUUUAGUCUGUGUACAUCAGAAUUAGCAUCUAUUUCUUCGAUACAUAUUAAUCUCAAUAUUGUUAUGGACUUUGUUCAUUUAAUAUAUAAAUAUUAAAUGCAGGAUAAACACCACACCAUAUUGAAAGAAAAACCGCACAUAUUUUGUCACUUUUUUAUUUCGUUUAGAUUAGACGUUUGCAGGACAUUUGUUGACGCUCACGUUAGAGGGCAACACUGAGCGUGUUUUUUUUACUUAAUUUUGAAUUAUCUCUUGAUCUUUAAUUCAUUUUUCGUCCACAAAAAUGUUUUUUGUACAUCUAUUAAGACUUGACGUUUUGUGUAGCAAUCAAUUGUAAUCUGAAAUGUAAAUCAUGGUUUAGAUUAUCUAUUUUCUUACUUUCUGUAUGUUGGCACUGCUUAUUUGUAAGUUAUUGUUACAUAUUAAUAAACAUCGUGAGUAACUAGUAAUCGCAAUAUGGCCAACAAAAAGAAAAUUGAUUAAUUUAAAUAUAUUGGCGGCUCUGCUUCUAUCGUUGGAAUGUAAACUGUGUAGAUUAAUAUAUAUAUUUAUAUAUAGAUGUUAUAUUUGCUGCUCACAUAGUAAGAUUGACGUGUCCGUGUGAACAUUUGAAUGGCUGUUAUAAUAUAUAGUGAAUAAAUAAGAUUCACAAA